CACCGUGAAGCAUGCGAGCACUCUUCUCACAUCCCUCCUUCCACAGGCAGUUCCAUGGUCUCUCUUCAUCAAAGUUCGAACUGGGCCGCGCAUCUGACAGGAUUGUUCCCAGGCGGAGCUUCAAACAUGGGUCUUCCCGCUGCAGUGGAGAAGAAAGUGCAUCGGCAAGCAGCCAUCGCAAUUGGGAAGCUGCUAGAAGCGGAUGAGAAGAAGCAGGGAGGCGCGAGCAUCAAAACGCUGACGCUUGCACCGGGGGUGGUUGCCAAGAAGGCCACGUACGCACUGACGUGUGAAACCUUGAGAUAUCUGCCUGUCCUGAAACCGGUCCUGGAGUCCACAUCGCAGCUGCGGUUCUCUCAGCAUCUUCGUCCAGAGCUGGCAUAUGUCCUCGUGUACGACCUUCUUUUUGGUCAGGGGUUGUCAGGAUGCGCUCCCCACGAGAAAGUCGUGCUCGCGUGCAAGAGCGCGCUCCGGGCGUCGCUGGCACGAUUGUUGGUGAAGCACGGCGUGUCCUCUGCUGCCGAGUUGUUGCCUGCGGAAUCCCAGAGAGCAGCCUCGACGCAGCCCCGCUACGCCCGCAUUAACCCUCUCAAGACCACUCUGGAGGACGCCCUCCGUCUACUACGAUCUUCCGGGGGGGCGGCCAAGUCUGCUCCGUCAGUCGAGCAGGACCCCCUCAUUCCGAACCUGCUCGUCUUCCCCCCCGGAACAGAUUUGCACGACCAUGCCAUGGUGAAGGACGGCCGGCUCAUUUUGCAGGGAAAGGCCAGUUGCAUGCCGGCGCAGGCCUUGCACCCCGAUCCUUCUUGGACGGUCAUCGACGCCUGUGCGGCACCCGGCAACAAGACAAUACACCUGGCAGCGCUGAUGGGGAACAAGGGCAAGAUCAUCGCCUGCGAUGCGGAUGCUAGAAGGCUGGAGACGCUGAAGAAGACCGUCAAGAAAGCUGGGGCUAAAAACAUCGACGCUCGGCACCAGGACUUUCUCAAGCUCGACCCCGAAGCGCCAGAACAUUUGAAGGUGCGCGCAAUCCUGCUGGAUCCGUCCUGUUCCGGUUCCGGCACCCGCCUCCAGCGGAUGGACCACCUGCUACCAUCCAGCACGGAACGAACGCUCGGGGAGAGUGACCCGGGCACCCCAUACGAGCCAGCUACUCCGGCGGACCGAGAGCGGGUCGAAAAGCUUGCCAGCUUCCAGGAAGCUGCGGUAAGGCACGCGUUGCGAUUUCCGGGCCUACAGCGGCUGGUGUACAGCACGUGCUCGGUGCACCGGCGCGAGAACGAGGACGUCGUUUCGGCAGUCCUUCCGACCGCCCGGGAAAAGGGCUUCCGACUCGCGCCCGCGUUUCCCGGGUGGCCGCACCGGGGGCUGCCCGUCGUCGAAGGAGCCCAGCACCUGGUGCGGACGGACGCGGCACGUGACCAAACGGACGGUUUCUUCGUGGCUCUGUUCGAACGGGGUUCAGGCAAAAAGUCCGCUGCUCGAGGUAAAGCCGAUGCUUCAUCGGACAUUUCGCGCAAAAGAGUUCCGCCAACGGAAAAGGACGGAAGGGGCGUGCCAGCGGUGAACUUGGAGGGGAGGAAGGAGGAUGUCGAAUUGGAGAGAGAGGCUGCUGACGUGGCGGAGAGCGUAGAAAGAGAUGACGGUUUGGCGGAACCGGAUUUCGCUCGAAGAGCGGGGAAAAGGAAGCGUAAACAAGCAGACAACAAGGCGACGGGAUCGAAACGAGACAAGCAGUCCAGGAAUGGACGAGGGGUUGAACCGGAAGGAGCACUAGGCGAAUCCGUCAAGUCGGCACGUGGUAAACUGGCCACUGAUGCAGGAAAGACAGCCGAAGGGACGGAGGACACGCGAAGUGGGAAUGGUGACCAUUCUAAUCAGUCUGCUUCCAAUGAUGAUUUAGAAGCCGAGCCAUGUGGGACGGCUCGUGAGUCACUUUUGCGGCGGAGGAAAGCUAAGCGAGAGCGGAAGAAGGCGCAGCAAAGAACGUCACAAGCAGGAGAAGCAAGUUGACAGAAGUCAGGAGAGAGGCUAUGUUCCUAAGCUUUUCCUCAGUCGUUUCCCUGGUGUCUUCGGUUUGAUGUCACAUAGGGUGGAUUUGUGCACUUAAAGCCAAUGAUCCGGGACGUUCAAGCCAAUCUACCAAGCGGCCAGGUCAUGUGCAAUGGCUGCGCAAUUUGAGAAGGUUUUGCAGUCACGCUUAUGUACCAAUCGGGGCCCCGUCCAAGAUAUGAGUCACAAACACCGCAACACACUUUCAAAGCUCACGUCCGGCACGAGUCUCUUGAGGCCGUGUAUCUCAACUGAAGCUUUUUCCAC